GUUACAUCUUUCUUGCAAGCUCAUCUUUCUAGCAAUUUCUUUGACUUAACAUGGUUAAGAGUAUACCCUUGGGGCCUUGGGGAGGAAAUGGUGGCAAUUCUUGGGAUGAUGGAGUACACAGUGGAAUUAGAGAUAUCACCCUUGUAUACAGUAGUUGCAUCGAUUCAAUCCGCGUCACAUAUGAUAGCAAUGGUAAACCCUUUGCAGCUAAAAAACAUGGUGGCAUGGGCGGAACCAAAAGUGCCCAGAUUAAGCUGAAAUAUCCAGAGGAGUUCUUGAUAAGUGUUAGCGGGCACUGUAGCCCUGUAGUUUAUGGAUGCGGCCCUGUGGUUCGAGCACUCACUUUCAAGAGCAACAAAAGGACGUUUGGGCCAUUUGGGGUUGAAGAAGGAACACCCUUCAGUUUCUUGACAAAUGAAAGUCACAUUGUAGGUUUUUAUGGAAAGAGCGGGUGGUUUCUGGACUCGCUCGGGCUGUGAUAGUCUUGCCCUAAACCAAUUCUGUUUCAUAGAAUCCAGUGAACAGCAGAAAACAAAGAGAUCAAAAUAUUAUCAAGACCUAUGUUUUGUUGAGUCAACACAAUGUUUACAUUCACCUGUUUUCAUUUUCUGCUUAAGUUCUUUUCUUUCAGUAUGAUGUUGUAACAAUCCUUAUAGCAAAUACACUAAAUAAAAGAAUCUAUCGAUGUUU